GUGGUCGUCCGCUUCCGGGCCAUUGGAAACGCGCCCAUUCUGAAGCAAAAUAUGUACACCAUCACAGCGUCCAACAAGUUCAUGGCCGUUAUACAGUUCCUACGCAGGGAACUGAACUACAAACACUCCGAUCCUUUGUUUUUAUACAUCAAUAGUGCAUUUUCACCAGCACCGGACGAAAUUGUUAACAACCUGUUCAAGAGCUUUAAUACGGACGGAAAACUGAUCGUGAACUACUGCACAAGUCCUGCAUGGGGAUGA